AUGUCAGUGAAUCGCAAAAUUCAAUACCCGACCGCUGGUUUACGCGUGAUCCAAAGUGAUUACACGGUCUAUUGGUUCACAGUCGAGUUCGGAUUGUGUCGUGAGGCCGACGGGAUCAAGGCGUUAGGAGCUGGGAUAAUGUCAUCCUAUGGGGAAUUGGAAAACGCGUUCAGUGAGAAGUCGGAGAAACGUCCAUUCGUGCCCAAUAUUACGGCAAUUCAACCGUAUGAUGAUGUGGGCUAUCAGCUGGUGUACUUUGUGUGCGAAUCCAUUGAACGUAUGGAACAACAAUUCAGGCAAGUAGGAACAAUUCCAGGAGUCAAUGACGUGUUGUUAUUCAACAUGAUUUACCUGAAGGUUUUGCUACCAUUGGUAGCUUAG